AGCAUUGUCCAAUGAUAGGAGAGCUAAGAACCACGUCUCCUUCCGCCGGUGCCACAUUCAACAUGGCGGGGAUGCAGUUCUUGCUCAAAGUCUUUGGUUGUUACCUGCUGUUUGACAUUGUUGGAUCUCAAGUAAAAAAGGAGGAGUCACUAUCAGACAAGGUUCAGCAGCUUACUGAAUGGAACAACAAAAAGUCCAUCAUUCGUUUAAAUGGAGACAAAUUUCGACAGUAUGUCAAGAUGCCUCCACGCAACUAUUCUGUCAUUGUAAUGCUGACUGCCUUGCAGGCACAACGACAAUGCUCAGUAUGCAAACAAGCUAAUGAAGAGUACCAGAUUUUGGCUAACUCUUGGAGGUAUUCUCAGCAGUAUUCCAAUCGUCUUUUCUUCGCAAUGGUGGAUUAUGAUGAAGGCCCAGACGUCUUUCAGAGUAUGAAAAUUAAUACAGCGCCUGUCUUUAUGCAUUUUCCUGCAAAAGGAAAACCUAAAAAAUCUGAUACAAUGGAUAUUCACAGGGUUGGCUUUUCUGCUGAACAAAUAGCGAGAUGGGUGGCAGAGAGGACAGACAUUCAGAUUCGUGUUUUUCGGCCUCCAAAUUACUCUGGAACCUUAGCACUUGCUUUGUUGUUUUCACUUAUUGGUGGCCUGCUGUAUUUGAAACGAAACAACUUGGAGUUUCUGUACAACAAAACAUCUUGGGGCAUUUUUGCUUUGGCUGUAAUAUUUGCUAUGACUUCAGGUCAGAUGUGGAACCACAUCCGUGGCCCACCACUGAUGCACAGAAACCCAAACACUGGACAGAUGCACUACAUCCAUGGCAGCAGUCAAGGUCAGUUCAUCAUGGAGACCUACAUCAUCAUGUUGCUCAAUCUAGCUGUUGUUGUCGGCUUUAUACUGCUAAAUGAGGCAAGUUCUCUCAAGGGUGACCCAGGAAAAAGGAGGAUUAUGGCACUGGUGGGAUUGGGAUGUGUGGCAGUUUUCUUCAGCUUCCUGCUGUCUGUCUUCAGGUCCAAAUACCAGGGAUAUCCAUACAGCUUCCUGUUCAAAUGAGGAGGAAGUGGCCUUGCACUACAUUUUUUUAUGUGCAUUUCCCAAGAAAUUUAGUGAAAUUGCCCUUCACAGAUAUCAUAAGGAAUUUGCCCAAUCAAGUCAAAAGUUUUAUUU